UCGCGGCUCGGCUCCCGGGCGGAGCUGGGUGGGCCUGAGACCAGGGUGAGAGGCCCGGGGGAGGUGAACCAGGCCCCUACCCAACGCUGGAGGGUCGCUAAGCCGCGGGCGUUCCCGGAGGUGGUGGUUGCGAACCUGGCAGCUGAGGGCAUCAUGGUAGGAGGCCUGAAGAGGAAGCACUCAGAUCUGGAGGAAGAAGAAGAGGAUGAGAAGUGGGACUGGAGUCCAGCAGGCCUCCGGAGCUACCAGCAAGCCCUGCUCCGCAUCUCCCUAGACAAAGUCCAGCGAAGCCUAGGCCCCCGAGCACCCAGCCUUCGCAGGCACGUGCUCAUCCACAACACCCUCCAGCAGCUCCAAGCGGCGCUUUGCCUGACUCCUGCACCUGCCCUGCCCCCAGAGCCCCUCUUCCUGGGCGAGGAGGACUUCUCGCUGUCGGCAACCAUUGGCUCUAUUCUCCGGGAGCUGGAGACCUCCAUGGAUGAGACCGAGCCACCUCAGAAUCCAGCAGCUCCCCCAAGCCCCCAGAAUGAAGUGCUUUCCCAGCCCGAUCCAGUCUUCUUAGAAGCUCUGAGCUCCCGGUACCUGGGGGACUCAGGCCUGGAUGACUUCUUCCUGGACAUUGACACAUCUGCAGUGGAGAAGGAGCCUGUAGUGGCCCCACCAGAACCUCCUCACAACCUUUUCUGUGCCCCAGGGUCCUGGGAAUGGAAUGAACUAGAUCACAUCAUGGAAAUCAUUCUGGGAUCCUAAAACUUUGAUGGGGGGCAGGGGAGGGCUCCUUCCUCAUCCCAGUCUUGGUGGGAUGACUCUCUGGAUGCAAUUCUGUGUGUGUGUGUGUGUGUGUGUGUGUGUGUGUGUGUGUGUGUGUGUGUGUUUUGAUGGGGCCUCUAAGCAGUGGCCUCCUCUCCUCCCACUUGAGGGUUCCACAAAUUGUCUUGCAUGUGUGUGUGUGUCUGGUUAUCUCAGCCUUCUGUGAAGGUGGGUCUUCCUGAAUUAAUUUAUCUCUUCCAAAUGCCUUAAUGAGACUCUGUUUCCGGGAGUCUGAUUUCCCACUUCCACAUUUCUUCUGCCUUUUCCUCUAGUUCUGACUCCCCUUGUGUCACUGGGGCCUCAGGGAAGAUAAGCUGGGCCUGUCAAAGGAUGACAGGGAUGUGCUACCUGGUUGCUAUGGAAACCCAGCCUCUGCCUCAUGGCACCUCCAGGUAGUGGGAGAGGCUGGCCUCCUCCCCCAGGCUGAACCCCACCUCCUUCACAGGACCCCAGUCCCAGCAGCCUCCUGAUUCAUGACCAGGCCGGACCACGUGCAAUAGGGUGGAAACCAAACUGCUCCAUGCCGCGUUAUUUAAAAGAAAAGCGGGUUUUGUGGUGUUUUUGUUUGUUUGUAAUAAUUUUUUUUUUUUAAAUAAAAGU